AUGGCAGGAUUACGAAUGGCAAGAAGUUCAGGUUAUUCAUGCUGUCAUUCCAAGAAAGAACAAGACAAAGAACCAAAGUGUUCUGAAGCUACUGUGACUAGUCUUGGAUUCUGGUCGGAUCCUUUAGUGUGGGAGCGCACAAAACUCAAUACAUUUAGGUGUUUGAUAGGAUGUACUGUGGGGGACUUUUCUGCCAUGUGGUAUAUGCAGCUCAAUCAUCCAGAAAUGACUCCUGUACUUUGUACUGGUCUAGCCAUGGCUGCUGGAUUGUCUAGCUCUCUUGCAUUAGAAACCGUCCUUCUGCGUCGUUCAUUGGGUGUUCCGGUCCAGGCCGCGUUCAAGACAGCAAUGGGGAUGAGUUUUGCAUCGAUGUGUGCUAUGGAAUUGGCUGAGAAUGCAGUAGACUGGCAUUUGACUGGAGGACAGGUUGCAUUUGAUGACCCUCAUUUCUGGAUGGCUGCUCUUGCCAGUAUGGCUGCUGGGUAUAUUGUACCCCUACCCUUUAAUUAUUGGCGUCUAAAGGCACUAGGAAAAGCAUGUCAUUAA